GAGGCUACCCGAGUCUGAGCAGGCUCCUCAACAGCCAUGGCUGAAGGUGGUGAAGGGGAAGAUGAAAUUCAGUUCUUGAGAACUGAUGAUGAAGUGGUGCUCCAGUGUGUCGCCUGCAUCCACAAGGAGAAUCGCAAGUUCUGCCUGACUGCAGAGGGGCUCGGCAAUCGACUGUGCUACCUGGAACCCACAUCAGAGGCAAAGUAUGUCCCUCCAGACCUGUGCAUCUGUAACUUUGUGCUGGAGCAUUCUCUCUCUGUGCGAGCCCUGCAGGAGAUGCUGGCUAAGACGGGCCAGAACAGUGAGGGGGGUAUUGGAUCAAAGUUCAAACAAUCAGAGUCAGUGACUGAAGUGCCCAGGGUAAAGCAGGGUGAGGCUUAUACCCUCUGGCAGGGCGAUGUGCGCAGCGGUAUUUCAGUGCCACCUCUUUGUGUCCAUCUGCCUCUGUCCCACUGGUGGCUGCUGGGUAAACGCAGUGGGGUGACGUGCUGCUAA